AUGGACUAUAAAAGAAGGGCUUUCAUCAAAGAAUUAGUAAGGGAAAAAGACAGUGCCAUGGCUUCAACUUGCACACGUAAGGUUCUUGAACAUUGCCAGAUUUCUCCGCCUCCUGGCUCAGUUCCCACAACCUCUCUUCCACUCACAUUCUUUGACAUACCAUGGGUUGGUGAUAUUCACGUGGAAUGCCUUUACUUCUACGAGUUCUCCAACCCUACACAACAUUUCACACAAACUAUCCUCCCCACUCUCAAACACUCUCUCUCCCUCACUCUCCAACACUUUUACCCACUUGUUGGAAAUCUCUUGUGCCCCCCACCUCCCACCAAACCUUAUAUCCUAUACAACAAUGGUGACUCAAUCCCAUUAACCAUUGUAGAGUCCACAAACAACUUCAACCACCUUAUUGGGAACCAUCCGCGAGAUUUCAUAGAAUUAGAUCAUCUUGUUCCAAAGUUAUCACCAAUUCAAAUUUCCAAUGAAACAUUUGUGUUCCCUCUUCUAGCCUUAAAAAUUACCAUUUUUCCCAACUCUGGCAUUUGCAUUGGAAUUACAAAUCUGCACGUAGUUGAUGGAUGGACCUCUCUCAAUUUCAUGAAAUCAUGGGCGUCAAUUGUGAGUGCCGGAGGAGAAUCGAUCAUUACUCGUCUUGAAAAGUUCCUACCAUACUAUGAUAGGGAUGUGAUCAAAGACAUAAAUGGUGUGGAGGCCAUUUUGAUGAAUGAGUAUUUCGGAUUGAGAUCAACAUGGAAAGAUUCUAUUCUAGGUAACAACAAUGCUCUUCCUUUAGACCAUGUCCAGGCAACAUUUGUACUAAGUCGAGCACAAAUCCAAAGCCUAAAAAAGUGGCUGUUCGCUCAGAGCAAGAAUGAAAAUGGUUCGACCCCACAACAUUUAUCAAGAUUUGUGGUAACAUGUGCUUUCAUAUGGGUUUGCUUGAUCAAGACUCAAGAUCAAAUUGGAGCUAUUAGUUCCAAUGAUGUUGAUGAGAUUUACCACUUUGUCUUUCCAGCUGACUGCCGAGAACGCCUCGAGGUUCCAGUGCCCAUGACGUACUUCGGAAACUGCUUAGCUCUUUCUGUUUCAGCAGCCAAGAAGGGUGAGCUAUUGGCAGAAAAUGGUGUGGUUGUAGCAGCAAGAGCUAUAGAAAAAACAAUUUCUAUGAAACAAAGUGAACCAUUAAAAGGUGCUGAGAGAUGGAUUUCUGAUUUAAUGAAUCUGUUAAAACUUGGGCGUCUUUGCACUGUUAGUGGGUCACCAAGUUUGGGCUUUUAUGAGAGUGAUUUUGGGUGGGGUAGACCAAAGAAAGCCGAAGUAGUGACCCGUCCAAUGAACAUUUCUCUUGCUGAGUGUAGAAAUGAGAAAGAUGGCAUCGAGAUUGGAUUGUUGCUAACCAAGUCUGCAAUGGACACUUUCAGUUCUAUAUUUGAACAAAGCCUAAAUUUUCUCCAUUGA